AAAAACUAUUCGGUGAAAUUUAACGAGGGAAUUUGGGAAUACGAGGCAGACGAUUCCCUGGACAUGUUCCAGAUCGGUCGGUCACCAGGAGAGACAAACGACAUUGUUAUGGAAGAUAAUUUGACUGUAUCUCGUUUUGCUUGUCGUCUGCUCGUCUCCCGCGACCCUCCUCACACUACGAAAUUAUAUGCGGGAGGAUUUAACGAUGAACACUUCCUCACACUUAACCAAUCUUUCCAAAGACUCGGGUCGUGGGAUGGAUUCACGACCAACGGAGUUUUCAUCAGGCAUGCCGGGCCUGCUCAGGAAUGGAAGGAAGUGUCCGUAAGAGGUGGUGUCUUUCCUCAUCGAACGAUUCGAACGUCAAUGGAACCUUGUGGGGACAACACUCUCCACGAUGGCUCACUCAUUGAUUUGGGUGGCCUCACUUUUAUUUGGAGGAAUCCCUUCGCACGACUCACUACUCCCGUACUGAUUAAUUAAUUAUUUUAGGAUCCACAAUCACUCGCAUUACCGACCACUUUUUCCCAUGUAUUCUCUGGAUGUGGUCAUGUCUCCAAUGAAGAUAAAUGCCAGGUGUGUCCGAUUAUCAGUCCUAUCCGUCCACUUCUUCUUGGAACUCAGACUUGUUUCUAUGUCGAUGAUAAUAAACUGACACACUUUUUUACAGCAUGUGGACAUGUCACCACUCACCUGAC